AUGGCUGACGCCCAGAACGUUUCACUAGACGGCCCAGGGAGUAUGGGGGCUGUGGCGGUGCCUGUGGUCUUUGCCCUCAUAUUCCUGCUGGGCACAGUGGGCAAUGGGCUGGUGCUGGCAGUGCUGCUGCAGCCCGGCCCAAGUGCCUGGCAGGAGCCGGGCAGCACUACGGAUCUGUUCAUCCUCAACCUGGCAGUGGCUGACCUCUGCUUCAUCCUGUGCUGCGUGCCUUUCCAGGCUGCCAUCUACACGUUGGAUGCCUGGCUUUUUGGGGCCCUCGUCUGUAAGGCUGUGCACCUGCUCAUCUACCUCACCAUGUACGCUAGCAGCUUCACGCUGGCGGCUGUCUCAGUGGACAGGUACCUGGCCGUGCGGCACCCGCUGCGCUCGCGGGCCCUGCGCACGCCGCGCAACGCCCGCGCCGCCGUGGGUCUGGUGUGGCUGCUGGCGGCGCUCUUCUCGGCGCCCUACCUCAGCUACUACGGCACCGUGCGCUACGGCGCGCUCGAGCUCUGCGUGCCCGCCUGGGAGGACGCGCGCCGCCGCGCCCUCGACGUGGCCACCUUCGCCGCCGGCUACCUGCUGCCCGUGGCCGUGGUGAGCCUGGCCUACGCGCGCACGCUGCGCUUCCUGUGGGCGGCCGUGGGGCCCGCGGGCGCGGCGGCCGCGGCCCGGCGCAGAGCCACGGGCCGCGCGGGGCGCGCCAUGCUGGCGGUGGCCGCCCUCUACGCCCUCUGCUGGGGUCCGCACCACGCGCUCAUCCUCUGCUUCUGGUACGGCCGCUUCGCCUUCAGCCCGGCCACCUACGCCUGCCGCCUGGCCUCGCACUGCCUCGCCUACGCCAACUCCUGCCUCAACCCGCUAGUCUACGCGCUCGCCUCGCGCCACUUCCGCGCGCGCCUCCGCCGCCUGUGGCCCUGCGGCGGCCGCCGCCGCCCCCGUUGCCCCCCGGGCGCCCGCCGCGCCCUCCGUCGCGUCCGCCCGGCGUCCCCGGACCCCGCCGGCUGCUCCGGGGUCGCCCGGCCUCGCGGGAGGCUGCCGGCGGCCGGCGGCCUGGGCGGGGAGCCGGGUCGGUAGCCCGCCCGCGGCGGAGGACCGGAAUAA